CAGGCUUUGCAUCUUCGACCGGACUUCCCUGAAGCUACUUGCAACCUUCUGCACACAUUACAGUGUGUAUGCAGUUGGGAGGAUAGAGAUAAGAUGUUUGCUGAAGUUGAAGGGAUCAUCCGGAGGCAGAUUUCUAUAUCUAUUCUUCCUAGUGUGCAGCCUUUUCAUGCUAUUGCAUAUAUAUCCCAUUGAUCCAAUACUGGCUCUCGAUAUCAGCAGCAAAUAUGCAGCUCAUUGUUCCAUAAUUGCUUCACGUUUUGGACUUCCUCCUUUCAAUCAUCCUCCACCAAUUCCCGUAAAGCGUGAUCGUAGUGAGAGACUUAGGAUUGGCUAUGUUAGCAGUGACUUUGGUAAUCACCCCUUAUCACACCUUAUGGGAUCUGUAUUUGGCAUGCACAACAGAGAGAAUGUUGAGGUCUUCUGCUAUGCAUUGAGUCCAAAUGAUGGUACAGAAUGGAGGCAGCGUAUCCAAUCUGAAGCAGAGCAUUUUGUAGAUGUUUCUGCCAUGUCGUCAGAUAUGAUUGCCAAACUAAUUAAUGAGGAUAAAAUACAGAUUCUCAUUAAUCUCAAUGGUUAUACCAAGGGUGCCAGAAAUGAAAUAUUUGCUAUGCAGCCUGCACCCAUACAGGUGUCAUACAUGGGAUUUCCUGGGACCACUGGAGCAACAUAUAUUGAUUAUUUGGUCACUGAUGAGUUUGUUUCACCUAUACGUUACUCGCAUAUUUACUCCGAAAAGCUUGUUCACAUGCCUCAUUGCUACUUUGUGAAUGACUAUAAGCAGAAAAAUCUAGAUGUUCUGGAUCCAACAUGCCAGCACAAGCGAUCAGAUUAUGGUCUUCCUGAAGACAAAUUUAUAUUUGCAUGCUUCAACCAGUUGUACAAGAUGGAUCCUGAAAUCUUUAAUACUUGGUGCAACAUUCUCAAACGUGUGCCCAACAGUGCCCUUUGGCUCCUUAGGUUCCCAGCUGCAGGCGAAAUGAGACUUCGUUCAUAUGCUGUUGCACAAGGGGUACAUCCAGAGCAAAUUAUUUUCACUGAUGUUGCCAUGAAACAUGAACAUAUCAGGCGCAGUGCUUUAGCUGAUCUAUUUCUGGACUCGCCAUUAUGUAAUGCACAUACAACAGGGACGGAUAUUUUAUGGACAGGUUUACCUAUGGUAACACUGCCCCUUGAGAAAAUGGCUACAAGAGUUGCUGGAUCAUUGUGUCUUGCCACUGGACUAGGGGAGGAGAUGAUUGUUAGCAGUAUGAAGGAAUACGAAGAGAGAGCAGUGUCUCUGGCUUUGAAUAAGCCAAAAUUGCAGGCUCUUACCAAUAAACUGAAGGCAGUCCGCAUGACUUGCCCGCUCUUUGAUACGGCACGCUGGGUUCGUAAUCUGGAGAGGGCAUAUUUCAAAAUGUGGAAUAUCCAUUGCUCAGGACAGCAGCCUCAGCACUUUAAAGUGACAGAAAGGGACUCCGAGUUCCCUUAUGAUAGAUGAGGGGGAGUGAAUAGACGGCAUUGUAGAUAAGAGCAAGAGAAAAAGAUCUAUAAGUAUACUUAGCAUGAUACAUUGAUAUUGGUUAAGAUCAUUGAGAUGAUCAUAUGGUGAUCGAAUUUGUAACUGUUCAUUUAGCCAAAUCUGUCGUGGGAAUCGACUAAAUUCAAUCUAUGUAUAACAUUUCUUUC